GUCAGUCGGCAACGAGCCUUCGUACGGUACGCAUAGUAUGUUCGGUAGUUCGCGCAUACAAAAACAUUAUAUUUACCUUCUUUAUAUUUAUCGUUGUCAAUCCCAUCAUCCAUCAUCGUCAUUAUCAUCUAUAUCAUCAUCCAUCAUUGUUGGUUAGCAAUUUUUCCCUCCCACCCCCUCCCCUCACUCCCCAGCCACCCUCCCUUGCUUUCCUUUUAUCUCAAUAUAAUAUCUGAAUACCUAGAAGGCUUACAGGUUGGCAAACUUUUUACGAACGAAUUAUUGCGCACGUGUUUAAAAGCCUUACAACAACUUUCAUCUAUAUAAUAUAUCUAUCUACCUAUUUAUCGUCGUUGUCAGCGAAAGUGUGACCCAACGUGGUUUUUAAUCUCAAUUGGCUUUCCGUCUUGUUGCGCCUUAAUAUAGAUAAUAUACAUAUAUAUAUAUAUAUAUAUAUACACUAUAUAUAUUAACAAAAAAAGAAAAAAAAAAAUAAAGAGAAAAAGAAAAAGAAAAAUAAAAAUAAAAAGAGAAAUAAAUAAAAGCAACUUCUUUAGAGUUUUAGAUUGUCCAGACACAACACCGGAAGAAUAGAUUAUAAAAGAGAUUACGUGCUCUCCCGCGCGUGUGUAUGUGCGUGUACGUGUGCGUGCGUGCGUGCGUGCGUGCGCACGCGUGUGUGCGUUGUGUCUGUGUGUCGCAUGUGCGUGCAUAAGUACAUGUACGUACUUUGAAAAGUACCGAUAAGAACACAUUCUGAUAUGGAUUAGAUGAAACAACCUGAUGAAAGCUCUUUAAAACGAAAAGAAAGAAAGAAAGAAAAAGAGAUAUAGAGAGACAAAGUGAGAGAGAGAGAGAGAGAGAGAGAGAGAGAGAGAGAGAGAGAGAGAGAGAGAGAGAGAGAGAGAGAGAGAGAGAGAGAGAAGUAUCUCAGUUAAAAAUAAAAGCUCAGUGGACCAACGGGAAGAUUGUAUGAGAGAAUUCAAAGGAGAUAAAAAAUAUUCCAAUAUAAGAAGUAAGAAAUUGUCGAAAUAAAAGAGAGAGAGAGAGAGAAAGAGAGAGAGAGAGAAAUAAUAUCGUACAUGUAUGUAUAUUUAUAUGACAAAUCUGUGAGAAGGUCCAAGGUCAAAGAUCGUACUUGCAGUGUAAUCUCUUCUCCUUUUCUUCCUCCCUCUAUCUCCUCCUCCUCCUCCUCCUCCUUUUACUUCUUCUUCUCUUCAUUCCUCUCUCCUUCUUAUACCCCACCUUUUUCCUCUUUUUCCCCUCCUUCUCCUUUUCUUCUUCUUCUUUUUCUUUCUCCUCCUCCUCCUCCUCCCCUUCUUCUUCUUCUUCUUCCUCCUCCAUCACCACCACCACCACCACCACCACCACCACCACCAUCUUCUCUUGGAUCGGUCGACGUCGUAGCGGCGCAACGAGCAUCGCAACGAAAGUGUGUCAGUAGGAUAACGACGAAGGCACGAAGCACAACCUCAUCUCUCGUCGUAGUCGUAGUCGUAUUCGUCGUCGUAGUCGUCGUAAUCGUAGUCGUCUUCGUCGUUCCCCAACGGCAACUAUAUUUCGUUUUUCUUUCUUUCUUUCUUUCUUUUUUUUUCCCCCUUUAUCCUCUUCGAAGCGACACUUUUACACGAGUUUUUUUAUUUUUUCCCUUUUUCUCGUCGCGUGUUGUGCCAUUUAAACGGCAAAAUAACGUCCGAAGGAAUUGGAACACGUCGGCAACGAACUACUAUCACAUAUACAACUUUAUAACUACCACUAUUAUCAGCAUCACCAUCACUACUAUUACUACUACCUACUACUACUACUAUUACUACUACUACUACUAUUACUACUACUUCUACUACUACUAUUACUACUAUUAUUAUUAUUAUUACUACCAACAUCACCGCCAUUGCUAUUACUAUUUUGUUACAGUAAAAGAAACGAGAAAGAAUUCGUUACGACACGUUCGGCCACAUCGUCUAGAAUCGAAUUUCAAUUCGCCAUUUAUUUCUUCCCCCCACCCCCUCGCCUCUUCCCCCUUCCCCACCACCCAACCACCCACUUUCGGUUCGGUUCAGUUCACUAACUCGCUUCGCUCGCUCGCUCGCUCGCUUGCUCAGUUUUACUUCACCUUUACUUUAUUUUACUUCUACUUCUACUCUAUACUCUACUCCACUCUACUCUACUCUACUCUAUUCUACUUUAUUCCGUUCUUCUUCACGUUCUCUUCUCGUAGACAGUUUUUCUUUUUUUCUUUUUCCUUCUUCGUUUUAUCUCUCGUGUCUUCUUAACAUUUUUGCCAUUUCAUCGUAAAGAAGAAGAAGAGAUAAAGAAGAAAGAGAAAGAUUUAAGAAGAAGAAGAAGAAGAAGGGAUAAGGAAGAAAGAGAAAGAUUUAAGAAGAAGAAGAAUCACGACGUCGAUGUCACGGCGGAAAAAGAGCGAGUUCCUUCGCGAGAAAGAGAGGGAUAACGUUGUUGCGUCAUGAUCGUAAUCGACGAGAGGCGUGACAUCAGUAAAAAAUUAUAAUAAUAAUAAUAAUAAUAAUAGUAAUAAUAAUACAUCGUACACGUAUACGAAGCGACACGUGAAG